GCGGUCGAAUCCAGAAAUAACCAGCUUCAUGAGAGACAUGGGAUUCGGUGAGGAUUAUUACCAAUUACAUAAAUAUUAUCUGGCGAAAGUUAUUGAGAUUGUUAAGAAGAUGACGACAUCCUCUAAAUUACCGAUCACUCCUAUUGCCUACCAGGAGAGUUAUGCUGAAGAAUGUGAAAUUGACCAUGGAACAAUCAUUCAUGUCUGGAAAACUGUAGAUUGGCAAAAAUACGUCUACGAAGCCACUCUAGACGGAUAUAAUGUUAUAGUUUCUGGUACAUGGAAUCUCAAUGACAUACAAAAUGAUCUUGAUUGGAUGAGAUAUUACGCACAGAAUAUCAGAGAUUUCGGAG